CAUAAGACGAUUGCGCAACUCUCCUUGAGGCGAUGACUGAAAGUUAGAUGUGAGUCAGAGCACCCCACAGAAAGAUACUGCCGGAACAUGCCUGUCAGCGCCCUAGGAAGGAUGUAUGGAAAGAGGGUAGAUAAAAACAGUGAUGAUGCCCGCUACUUCUACGGAGUCAGUAGAGAAAGGCGUUUGAACCACACACAUCUGUUUAUGGAAGACAGGACGAGGAAUGAUAGACAUGAGGGUACGUCUGCGAUUACUAUUUUUUUCCCAUGACAGAGAAGCGCCUGAUCACGAGAGGUCAGAUGAAAGGAUCAUUUUAGAAGCUUUAUCACGGGUUGCCUGAGAGUGAUGAUCACGAACCCUCGAUGAUGAUUCCGAGGAGUCCGCCCAGUGUUGUCGAAUCAAGCUGCGAGUGUUCUAGGUGGGAAAGGGACAGAGCUGGGCAGCGUUUCUAGCUCGGAGGCGGCCAGACACCACGGUUUGGGCUAGCGUGGAA